CUUCAUUUUUACUUAUCUAAAAUCGAAUGGUGAUAGGUUUAAUGUGAACACAGAUGAAAGGAAACUGCUCAGGAGUGACUUCUUGCAGUAAUAAGUUCAAGGUACCUUACGGGAAUGUAAUAUGUACAACUGAAAGGGGAAGGUCUGAAUCCUCCUUUAUUGUUGUAGAGCAGGUAAUUAAAAUGUUAAAGGCUUGCCAGCCUUGCCUUGUUUCUCAUCUCCUAGCAAAGGGAUUAGGGAAAUCAUUUCCUUGGCAACCUCACACGAAAUGCUGGCCCAGUGAUUUGAGCAAAGCUCUCCCUGAGUUAGCGCUAUAAGACCAGACUAUUAAAUGGCAGGUUGUGGGGCACUUUUGCAGCAGGGGCUGUUAUAAUCCCCCAAGCGAGAGCAGUGAAGGUAAGGGCUGUGUCAUGCUCACAAAUGUCUGAACCCCAUUCGGCCAGCACGCUGUAUUUAUGAUUCCUGAAUUUACAGACUCGGCCAAUCUCUGGUCAAAAAUAUUCAGAAGAAACAGUGCAUCUGUACUGAACAUGUGUUGACCUCAAACUCCAGAGCCAAAGCAAUUCUCCUGCCUCAACCUCCUCCGUACCUGAAACUGCAGCUACCAUUCCUGGCCUGCUUGCUGAUUUGAUGACAUGAUACACCACAUAAAAGAAGUAAUAAAGGUUCAAAAACAUGCAUCUUUGACUUUGCUAUGGUGAGCUCCAAUGAAUUGGCCCAUGAAGGAAAAACAGGAACACAUUGGGCCACACUGGACGAGAAUGGCAACGCCUUCCAGACGCUGCCUCCUUCUGAUCGGUGCACUGGGCGUCUUUGCAUUUGACCGCUUCACACAAGGUCAAAAGAACAGCACACUAAUUUUCACAAAGGAAAACACCAUCCGGAACUGCAGCUGCUCUGCAGACAUCCAGGACUGUGAUUACAGUUUGGCCAACCUGAUGUGCAGCUGUAAAACUGUCCUGCCUUUUGCAAUAGAGAGAACCAGCUACAAUGGCCAUCUGACCAUCUGGUUCACAGACACAACUGCGCUGGGCCGCCUGUUGAACUUCACACUAGUCCGGGACCUGAAGCUUUCCCUGUGCAGUUCCAACACCCUCCCCACUGAGUACUUGGCUAUUUGUGGGCUGGAGAGACUUCGCAUCAACUCAGAAGCCAAACAUCCAUCCCCAGAGCAGAGUUUACUCAUCCAUAGUGGUGGGGACAAGGACAGCAACUCCAAAGAGAAGCCAGUAUCAUUACAUAAAGACUGGCAGACAUGUAUGUAUAUAUCAUUCUUAGAUAUGGCUCUUUUCAACAGAGACUCAUCCUUAAAAUCAUAUAGUAUUGAAAACAUUGCUAGCAUUGCCAACGACUUUCCUGACUUUUCUUACUUUAAAACCUUCCCAAUGUCAAGCAACAAAAGCUAUGUGGUCACAGUCAUUUACUAACUUUGUAAUUGUGUCCAGCCUCUAGGAACUUCAACAAAUGAUGGAUCAUUUGAACAAGGAGUCUGGGAAUAAGGUCAUGAGACAGCUAUUCCUACUCACAGCUGUGCCUUUUAACCCCCAAACUCUGCUCAUGGCAGAGCCACACAUAAAUAACCAGCUCUCUCUGCUCUGCUCCAUGCUCAGCCUUGGCAGCUAUUUUGAAAAAGAAAGUGAAAAGAAACAAAAACAAUGAACUUGAUUCAGUCUGGAGACUUGUCUCAAGGGCCAGUUAGAACCUAGGUCUUGGCAACUGGGAGCUUGUCAGACCAGAAGAGAAGAAAGCAGUGCACAUCGGAAACAGCUUAUUGGGGCUCAUUAUAGAGUAAGACAUCCCCCACCCCCACAGAAAGGCAUCUUCUUUUAAAAUACAAUAGUCACCCUUUAUCUGUGGGGGAACACAUUCCAAGACCCCCCAGUGGAUGCCUGAAACUGCAGAUAGCACUAAGCCCUACCAAAACUCUUUUCUCCUACAUACACAUUCCUAUUAUAAAGUUUAAUUUAUAAAUUAUGCACACUUAUGGAUUAACCACAAUAACUAAUAAUAAAAGUAGAACAAUGAUAACAAUACACUGUAAUAAAAGUCAUGUGAAAGUGC